AUGGGCUACCGCAACCACAAGUUCCUCUGCUGCCUGCCCGUCCGCCUCGGGGUGUUCGCCAUGACCACCUUCGGCGUCCUCAUCGGCGGCGCCAUCGCCGUCCUCGGCUGGAUCACCCUCGCGCACGUCCACCAGCGCCCCGCCGCCCUCUCGCCCCAACAGCGCGGCGCGCUCAUCGCCCAAACGGUGCUCUACACCCUCCUCGCCCUCGUCUCCGCGCUCGGCUUCGCCGGCGCCGCCGCGCGCAAGCGCGCCCUCGUCGGCAUCUACGCCCAGGCGCUCUGGAUCCACUGGGGCUUCACCAUCGGCACCGGCGCCUUCUUCCUCUACCACCUCUUCAAGGACGCCACAGGAUCCGGCGCGACGCACCAGACCAAGGCCGCCGUCGUCGCCGUCCUCGUCGUCGUCUGGCUCCUGGAACUCUACGGGUGCAUCAUCGCUUCGAGCUACGUCGCCCAGCUCGACGAGGACGAGGCGGUCCACAUGCCGACGACGAACAUGGUCAGGAGCCCGACCGCCGCCGCGCCCGCGACGUUCAACGGUUACUACGGCUUCUCCAACCCGCAGAACUCGUUUGGCAACAACAACGGCGCUACCGGUAACUGA